GGCUAACACAAGGAGGAUCUAGCCAGACGAAGGCCGCAGACACGGGAGUGGACAGGAAUAAAUCGGCCGAAACGACUUUGAGCUUGGGAAAGCAACCUGGGAUGUUGGAGCAAGGGGCGAGACCACCAUCCCAGGUUGAGGAGCAAACAAUGACCAUGACGAGGAGCGAGAUGCAAAGGAUGAUUGCGGAAGCGGUGGCAGCUCAAAUCAAGCAGGUACAGGUCGAGCAACCCAGGGUCGAGCAACCUAGGGUCGAGCAACCUAGGGUCGAGCAACCUAGGAUUGUGCUACCACCCCAUGAUAGCGAGCAACAGGCCCAAUCAAAUGAGAGACAAAUAGGGAGGGCGGAAGAGGAAGAAUCUUCUAUACAACAAGUCGACGAGAAUGGUCCAAUAAUAAACUUUAGGCCAGCAGAUGUGAGAAAGGUCGAGAGACCUCACAAUGAUGCAUUAAUGAUAACCGCCCAAGUAUCAAGAUAUGAAGUGCAGAGAGUGUUUUUUGACACCGGGAGUUCAGUGAAUGUGAUCUUCUAUGAUUGUUUCAAGAGAGUGGAGCUCGACAUACAACUCACACCCCUCCAUACCUUGCUGUUUGGUUUUACUGGUUCAGAGGUCUCGCCCCUAGGAGAGGCUAUGCUCGCUGUCGUCCUAGGGAAAGGAGACUUACGAAAGGUAAAAAUGGUAAGAUUCGUGGUAAUCGAUGUCGAGUCGGCCUACAACGUGAUCCUAGAGAGACCAGCACUUAAUGCAUUCCAGGCCGUGAUGUCGACUUACCACAUGAAGCUGAAGUUCCCAGUCGGAGAUCGGGUUGGAGAAGGUCGAGGUGAUCAAAAACUGUCGAGGACUUGUUAUCAAAUUGCUGUGAAAACCAACCAGUGGGCCGAAGUUAAGGAAAAGAAAAAACCAAUCUCGAA